AUGCAAGUAAGAAGUGGGAUGAAAAGGCCAUUACAGGACAUUGAUUUUCCUUUGGCUAAAAGAAGUGGAAAGGGUGCAAUUAACAAAUCCAAUGUGCUUUCGGACAGAUCAAAUAUUAUGCUUCAAUCACCACCAGUGACUCCGGAGAAAGAACGAGUGAUUGACAUAUCCCAUGAAUUGAAUUCAAACAAAGAGGGUGUUCGACAGCUCAAGUUCUUAACCCCACCAAGCACACCUACCAAAGGAAGAGGUACAUCAGUAUAUUCAAAAGCGAAGGCAUUAUUCCAGAGAAGCGCUAAUAAUGACGGCAUCAAUACCACACAUUUAACUGCAAGAGAUGAGGAAGCUGAGAUUUUGAACAAGUUUCUCGUAGAUAAUAUCAACAAUAAUACUUCCGACAGUUUAUAUAUUUCAGGUCCUCCUGGAACUGGUAAAACGGCGCAAAUAGAAAUAUCGUUGAAUCAUGUAAUGAAAGAAAUUGGAAAAUCAGUUAGUGUUAAUGUCUCACAGGUGGGUCUGCAUAGAGCUAGAUUGGUAAAGAUGAACUGUAUGUCCAUCUCUAAACCUGAAAACGUGUUUCAUGAAAUAUACUGUGCUAUGGAAUCGCGUGAAGGACAACCUAAGAAGUCGUACAACAAAAGGAAGACUGCCGAUGAUGUAUUCCUGUUACUUACAACUAAAGGCGAUAUCGACACUACAAUCUUAUUACUUGACGAGAUGGAUUACUUAAUUACCAAAGAUCAACAAGUAUUAUUCCAAUUAUUUAAUUUUGCAUCGAAGCAAAAGUCUCACAUCUUGAAAAACAAGUUGGUUCUCAUAGGUAUUUCUAACGCCUUAGAUCUUACCGACAAAUUUUUGCCCAGAUUGAAACGAAACUGCUUAAACCCACAAGCAUUACAAUUCAUGCCUUAUACAUCUGACCAAAUCAAAACUAUCAUCAUUACCAAAUUGAAGUCUUUAGUCUGGGACGAAUCAACUAAAGAAAAUGAGCCACCUAUGGCAUCAAUCCCAAUUAUACAUCCGGCUGCCAUACAGCUCUGUUGUAAGAAAUCUGCAUCCGUUACCGGUGACCUUCGUAAAGCAUUCGACAUCUGCUACAAAAGUAUAGAAAUGGUCGAGCACAACGUUAGAGAAGCGAAUCCGUCAGCAACACAUACCUUUCAUACUGCCCCCAAAGUCUUAAUUUCCCACAUUGCAAAGAUAUGUGAAAACUCAUACAAGGACAACUCGUUGACCAAGUUGCAUAACCUUAACUUAUUACAAAAAGCAGUAUUAUGCUGUUUAUUCAACUACCAAAUCAACGUCACUUUUACAACAACCACCAGAAAGGACCUUACCGUCAAUACUUUUUAUGACUUCUACGUAAAGCAUUCGCUUGAAAACGUCGAUAAAUUAUUGGGGAGGCUAAAAAAAGGUGAGUUCUUGGAAAUCAUAGGUGCUUUGGAAGCUGGCUCGGUCGUCAAUUUAUCCGAAACAAAAUCCAUGAAGACAAGUAUGGAGAUUGGUAACAAAAACAUCAGACCUAAUGUUCCAUACGAUGAUUUACUAAAGUCAAUAGGCGACAUUGGUGUUUUGAAGAAAGUGUUGCAUGGUAACAAUUAA